AGAAUGUGCCGCAUGUACUGUCUUUUUCCGUGAUCCAGUCCACGCCUCAUCGUCAUGAGGGGAAAAGAGCACAAUCUUCCCUCGUAAAAAAAAAAAGACUUGACUUGUUGUGGACUGUCCUCACCGACUGUGCCCGACCCGGAAUAGCAACUCGCGCUAUUUUCGCCCGUCAUGUGAUCGCAGGUGGUCAUUAAAGUGCAGUUAUGCAAUUCAGCCCAUCAAACGGAAAUAUUUCAGAAGACGACCGGGGUGGCAAAUGCGCGGCCCGCCCUGAGCCUCACGCCGUAAACAAGUCGAGAGCGCUUCCAGUCUCCCGUAAAUCUCGGCGAGCUGCGGCGAUUGCGCCACGCCCGGCGGCGUCUUCGGCAUGCGACGGCCGCGCGAACACAAGACGGCUCGUCCGCGGUCGUCGAAUGCCGCCACACUCGGUCGUGACCUAUUAACUAUAUUUAGUCGCUUGAAUUUCAGUGAAACAGCCAAGGGUCACCGGUGGACCCUGAUUUUUUAUUAUUUUUUUUUUCCAGUGCUGUUCGUGGGCAUAAACGAUUAUUUUGAUUUGUUGGAGGAAUUUACAAUGAUGACCUAAGAUCAGGAAAUGGGUUCAAGUACACGCUCGAUACAGGAGCCAUCAUUCGAAAACAGAAACAAUCCACACGAGUGUGAGCGCCCUUUUGCUUUGGAUACAAAUUGGACCCUCCUACGGUGUCCAUUUAUGUAUUUUGCAAGUUCUAUUUUGACUUUUCAAUUCACGUCACUUUCUAGCAAGGAAGCAAUAUUUUUCUUUCCUUCCUUCCUUCCUUCCGCCUUUAAUUAAUAACUACACUGUGAAACACUGGAAUCUGAUGAUGACGAAUGAUGCAUUUAAGUGGGCAUACAAAAAAAAAAAAAACAACCAAGCAAAACAAUCUUCUCCGAACAGAUCCAAGAAAUCUUUUAGAUUGAAUCUAUGAUAAGUUAUAUGUCCGUGAAAAUAUGGACACUCAGUUAAAUGCGACCUUUAACGACCUUUAAUUCCGAGUGUCCGCGAACGCAGCACUAGUCUGCAAAAAAAAAAAAAAAAAAAAAAGGAGGAGGAGGCGGGGGGGGUCGCUCCGGUUCGUCGGACUGCAGUCCGGAUCGUUUGCUGCACGAAGGUUUCGCCCGCAUGACGAGGACGCGCGGCCGAGCGAUGACCUGCGCCGAAAUGAGGAGGCUCGCGUCGUUUUUCGCAGGUCUUGCAGCUCUGCUCAAGGGGAGGAAAUUUCUCUUCAGGGAGCUGCUGCACAAAGUUGCCCCCUAUCAGCCGCUUUGCCAGCACCAGGAGGACGCUUGCAGGAUCCGUCGGCCUCGGAGCAAAAAGUGGGAAAAGCUGCGAGACGGAAGCGGAAGAGGAACCGCGGUGAGCAAAGAAAAUGGCUCACUCAAGUCUCAAACCUCCCGGAUGAAACCGUCUGACUUUGAUUACCUCAAAGUCAUCGGCAAAGGGAGUUUUGGAAAGGUGCUACUGGCCAAACACAGAAAAGAUGGCGGCUGCUACGCCGUGAAAGUCUUACACAAACAGACCAUCGUCAUGAGGAAAGAGCAGCAGCACGUGAUGGUUGAGAGGAGCGUCCUGCUCAAAGGCCUCCAACAUCCUUUCCUGGUGGGACUCCGCUUCGCGUUCCAGACCCCAAACUUGCUCUACUUUGUUGUGGACUACGUUAACGGAGGCGAGCUUUUCUACCACCUCCAGAACGAGGGCUCCUUCCCCGAGAGCAGGGCCGCUUUUUACGCCGCGGAGAUUUCCAUGGCGCUGGGCUACCUCCACUCGUUAGACGUCGUCUACAGGGACCUGAAACCGGAGAACAUUUUGCUGGACUGUGAGGGCCACGUGAAGCUGACCGACUUUGGACUGUGCAAAGAAGGCGUGGCCGCGGGCGAGGUCAUGCAAACCUUCUGCGGGACGCCGGAGUACCUCGCGCCGGAGGUGCUGCUGGGUCACGCGUACGGUCCCGCCGUGGACUGGUGGGGACUCGGCAGCGUCCUUUUCGAGAUGCUUUACGGGCACCCUCCAUUUUACAGCCGCAGCAAAGCAGAGAUGUUUGCCAAGAUAGUCCACGAGCCUCUCCGGCUCCGGAGCGGAACGUCCGAGGCGGCCCGCUCGCUGUUGGGGGGCUUGCUGGAGAGGAAGGUCUCCAGACGCUUGGGGGAGCGCCGCGACGUGGUAAGGACGCGCGCGGAAGACGGCAAAACGUUGCGAAUCCGCAUGGUGACGGCGAGGCGGAUCUUUGUGGGUCGCCCAGGAGGAGCUGCGGGAGCACCCCUUCUUUUCAUACGUGGACUGGGACGACCUGCUGGCCAAGAAAGUGGCCCCCCCGUUCGUCCCCAAUGUGACGAGUCCUUGCGACGUCAGCUACGUCGACCCCGAGUUCACGCUGCAGCCCGUGCCGGCCUCCGUCGGCGACGGGUGCCAAGAGGGCGGGGCCGCCCGAGCCUUCGUCGGCUUCUCCUACGUGAACGCCUCCUGAGACGAGCGGACUGUACAAAGUAUUUGGUUUUUUUCUACGACCUGAAUCUGUGUGAAUGGCCACGUGUUGUUGUCCCAGAUAGUGUAGUGGUUCACUUGCCUGAACGGGACUUUGAAUGCUUGUAAUUGGCUGGCAAGCUGGCAAGCUGGCAGCUGGCGGAGGCUCCAGCUCACCCGUCGUCUAGUAAAUGAGUGGACUUGAAAAGUAGUGUCUUGAAAAUUAAACACUUUUCAUCACCGUGUGUGCUGAUUCGUUGAAACAACCGUCCACUCAAA